AUCAUUCACCUAAUUGUACUUACGUUUACGUGUUGUUUAACAGGCAUUUCCGCCAACUUAUACUUAGUAUUUUUUAUAUCGUUUAUAAUAAUGGCUAAACUACUAUGUAUAUUACUUGCAAUAUGCAUAUCUGGUAUUAUUUCUAAAAAAGCCGAAAAGAAACCAGAAUGGGCUAAGAAGGAUAUUACAGAUUUUACUGAAGCUGACAUGGAAAGAUUGCUAGAUCAAUGGGAAGAAGAUGAAGAGCCCCUUCCAGAAGACGAAUUACCAGAACACCUUCGAAAGCCACCGGCAAUAGACAUAACCAAAAUGGAUAUGUCAAAUCCAGAAGCAGUGUUGGAAGCCACUAAGAAAGGACAGACAGUAAUGAUGUUUGUUACGGUGGCUAAUAACCCCUCGAGAGCGCGUACAGACGAAUUGACCAAAAUAUGGCAAACAGGUCUCUGGAGUAACCACAUACAGGCAGAAAGGUACCUGAUCGCUGAUGACAGAGCCAUUUUCAUGUUCAAGGAUGGCUCUCAGGCAUGGACGGCUAAGAAGUAUCUCUUGGAACAAGAAGAACUGAAGGAUGUGCAAUUGGAGAGCCAAACAUAUCAGGGUACCAAGGCUGAUGUCAGAAAUACUGCUUUGAGGGAUGAAUUAUAAGAUGAAUAUGAGCGAUGAUGAUCAAAAUCUAUUCUUCCAUCACAAGGGUGUUUAUACUGGAUCUACCAUUGACAAACAUCAGUAGUUGAUGUAAAACAUGCAUAAGCUUUGGGUGCGUGGGAAGUGCAAAUGCGACUUUUUUUGCUUAUUGCGGACACAUACAUCAUUUACAGUGUAAGACAGGUUUGACAAAGUUCUAAAGACUAGAAGCAUUUGUUGUAUUGGUGUAUCAUGAAAUGCAUUAUUUAUAUAUUACAAAUAAAUGUUUAUUUGAUUAACCUCGUGGCGCCCAAGGCUUUUUUGGCUCUUCUUUAACUAUGACCCGACCGUCCUUCUUAUAGGACAUAAUAGUUAUAGUCCUAUCCGCCCAAGAUUUCGAGUUGAAAUUUUUAUGUGUUAGAGUUACCGGUUUGAAGUGAAACUUGCGGGGUAUAAUUAUGAUUAUAUUAGCAUGUGUUUUCAAUUCAAUUAUUUGUCUACCUUUUGUUCUUUCCAAAGGCCACUGGGCCACAAUUACUAGAUUAGAAGGAAUUAUUAAGUGAUGUAAAAUUAAUAACUUUUUUAGGAUUAAUAUGUUUAUUUCAGUUAUUUUUCGUCCGUGGUCCGUUCCCUGUACUCCUAAAUUCGGAAAGAGGAAUUUCAUCUUCUGAACUGGUGUCUGACGAGCUAUUGUCUGCGUUGUCUCCAUGAUCUAUUGUAAAAUCUGCAUCCGCUUCUCCGUCAUCUUCAAACUCCGAAUUGUCCAGGUUACCAUCGCCCAUAAAGGCUUGGAUUUCUUCAUCCCGCAAACCUGUGAUUAAAACACCUUACGUAUAGGUGAUCAAUGCAAUCCUGAACCUCUGGCUAACAAUACUGGGUUAGAAUAGUGCUAGAUAAGUGUAUCUACACAGACUAGACACGAAAACUUAGUAGUGUAAAGAGUAUUAAAUUAUUAGUGAAAAAGUAGCAUUUUCAUAUUAGUAAUAUUUCACAAACCAGCAUAACAUAAAGCCACAAACUAAAAACAUUAAGAUAUUUUUAGUACUAGCUUCGACCCAACCGACUUCACAAAGUACAUAUUAUUUCAAACCAAGAUUUCGAAGAAUUUAAGCUAUAAAAAUGCGAAAUAAUUCUCUCCAUUUAAGAAUUACCCAUUAAUUAGCAACUUUUUGCAUAAAAACAUACUCGAGAGUCACGGACUAUCAUAAUAAAAUGCGAUUUACUUACCACGUGUUCGUGAGCCAGCCAUACCACCGUCCAUUUAUCAAAAAAAUGACAUCUGUCAAUUGUGACUGCUAAUGGUAGCAUACCGGAAACUGUUCCCUAAUAUUUCGUUCAGAAAUCGGAAUAAAUUAUUUCUUUGACCCGCGAAAUUUCAAAAAUCUAGACAGAGUUUAUUAAUAUGACCUUCUGAAAGGCGCAUGAGCGGUAAUUGAAAGUUACUUGAAAAAAGUUCUGGGCUGGAGUCGCCAUGUUUAUUUUGGUUUAUCAAAAGGCGCGUGGGCGCCACGAGGAUAAGACAACCAAUCUCAAUACAAAGUUGCAUGCCUAAUCAUUGUAACAGAGAUUUCAGGCCCAGAAAUAAUGUAACUCAAUCUAGUAAACUCUUAAAAGAUGUAAACGGCCCGAUUCGAAGAAUAAGAUAUGAUAACGAUAAGUUCUGGUUUAAUGUUGGGUAAUAUUUGUUUUAUUAUUAUUAUAACAUUUGUACCUCAUAUAAUUUUCAGAAGCAGCUCGAUUCGCGCAACCAAUGUCACUUUGACAUUACAAAUAUCGUAGAUAGAUCUUGUAGGGGGUCACAGCGGAAUCGAAAUAAACGUCAAUUUUGAUAUGUCGUUUAGUUACGAUCUUUCCAAGAUCUUAAACCUGUCUUAAUCAUUCUUCGAAUCGGGUUGAUAAUAGUGCUGUGCUCGUCUAGCACCUUCAACUUUAUGAAGAGAUGUUUUUACUAUUUACUUUAAAAUAUGUAGAUCUUGAUGUUUUCUAUUUGCAUGAAUAAUGUAUUUCUGUAUGUCAAUUCACAUUUGACCUUUUGGAUUGAUAAUUGCCCAUGAAUACCAACAAGAGAUUAAAAAUAAUCUAUUGGCAUGUGUAGUAACGACAACCUUUUCGCAUUUAAAUAACGUUCCAUAUUGUAUUUAUCAUCAGGCAUUUGAUUUAUACUGAAAUGCAAAGCUCAAAAGGUUAAUCACUCACCUUAUAUAUGUCAUACUAAAUGUAGAACAAUUGAUCUGUAUAUUAUUGAAUGAACUGAGAUCGUUAUUUUAAGAAUAAAUAUUAUUUUUUCCA